AUGAAAGAGACCCUCCUUCCGGCAAAGGGGCAGAGGAACCCUGCCUUCUCGAAAAGGCAAGAGACCCUGCCUUCCUCAAAGGUCAGAAGGAAACCCUGGGGGGCCUUCCUCAAAGAGGCCCAGGAGGACCCUUGCCUUCCUCAAAGGGCAAGGAAGGACCUGCCCUUCCCUCAAAGGGCAGAGACCUGGCAUUCCAAAGGUCACGGAGGACCCACUGCCUUCCUAAAAGGGCCAGAGGACCUUCCUGCCUUCUCAAAGGCGGCAGAGGACCCUUCUUCCUCAAAGGGCAGGAGGACCCACUGCCUUCCUCAAAAGGGCAAGGAGGACCUGCCUGUUCCUCAAAGGCCAGAGGACCCUUGCCGUACCUCAAAAGGGAGAGGACCCUGCCUUCCUCAAAGGACCCAGAGGAAACCUGCCUUCCUCAAAGGGCGAAGGACCCUGUUCCUUCCUCAAAGGGCGAGACCCUGUCCUUCCUCAAGGUCAGGAGGACCCACUGCCUUCCUCAAAGGUCAGAGGGACCCUGCCUUCCUCCAAAAGGUCAGAGGACCCUGCCUUCCCUCAAAGGUCAAAGAGGCCCCUGCCUUCCUCAAAGGCCGAGGACACGCCUUCUCAAAGGGUAAGAGGACCACUUGCCUUUCCUCAAAAGGGACCGAGAACCCUGCCUUCCUCAAAGGUCAAAGGACCUGCCUCCUCAAAGGGCAGAGGACCCAGCCUUCCUCAAAGGGCCAGAAGGACCCUUGCCUUCCUCAAAGGAAGAGGACCAUUCCUUCCUCAAAGGGCAGAGGACCCUGCCUUCCUCAAAGGGUCAGAGGACCAUGCCUUCCUCAAAGGGCAGAGGACCCCUGCUUCCUCAAGGUCCAGAGGACCAUAGCCUUCCUCAAAGGUCAGAGGAACCCUGCCUUCUCAAAGGGCAGAGACCCUGCCUCCUCAAAGGGCAGAGGACCCUGCUUCCUCAAAGAGGCAGAGGGACCCUGCCUCCUCAAAGGUCAGAGGACCCACCUUCUCCAAAGGUCAGGAGGACCCUCCUUCCUCAAAGGCAGAGGGACCCUCCUUCUCAAAGGGAAGAGGAACCCUGCUUACUCAAAGGGCAGAGGACCAUGCCUUACCUCAAAGGGCAGAGGACCUGCCUUCCUCAAAGGCAAAAAGGACCCUGCUUCAUCAAAGGGGCAAAAGGACCCUGCCUUCCUCAAAGGGCAGAGGACCCGCUUCCUCAAAGGGCAGAGGACCCUGCCUUCCUCAAUGGGCAGAGGACCUGCCUUCCUCAAUGCCAGAGGACCCUGCCUUCCUCAAAGGUCAGAGGACCCUGCCUUCCUCAAAGGUCAGAGGACCCUGCCUUCUCAAAGGUCAGAGGACCCUGUCCUUCCUCAAAGGGCCAGAGGACCCUGCCGUCAUCAAAGGUCAGAGGACCCUGCCUUCCUCAAAGGUCAGAGACCCUGCAUUCCUCAAAGCGUGCAGAGGCACCUGCCUCCUCAAAGGGCAGAGGGACCCUGCCUUCCGCAAAGGGCAGAGGUACCUGCCUACUCAAAGCGGCAGAGGACCAUGCCUUUCCUCAAAGGGCAGAGGACCCUGCCUCCCAAAGGGAGAGGAACCUACCUUCCUCAAAGGGCCGGAGGACCUGCCUUCCCAAAGGGCCGAGGACCCUGUCUUCCUCAACGGGCCGGAGGGACCCUGUCUCCUCAAAGGGCAGAGGACCCUGCCUUCCUCAAAGGUCAGAGGACCCUGCCUUCCUCAAAGGUCAGAGGACCUGCCUUCCUCAAAGGUCAGAAGGACCCUGCUUCAUCAAAGGGCCGAGGCCCCUGCCUUCCUCAAAGGGCCGAGGACCCUGCCUUCCUCAAAGGUCAGAUGACCCGCCUUCCUCAAAGGGCAGAGGACCCUGCUUCCUCAAAGGCAGAGGACUGCCUUCCUCCAAAGGGCAGAGAACCCUGCCUCCUCAAAGGUCAGAGGACCCUGCUGCCUCAAAGGCCAAAGAACCCUGCCUUCCUCAAAGGGCGAGGACCCUGCCUUACUCAAAGGGCAGAUGACACUGCCCUUUCCUCAAAGGUCAGGGGACCCUGCCUUCCUAAAAAGGCAGAGGAACCCUGCCUCCUCAAAGGGCAGAGGACCCGCCUUCCUCAAAGGCAGAGGACCCUGCCUACCUCAAAAGGGCAGAGGACACUGCCUUCCUCAAAGGGCAAAAGGACCCUGCCUUCUCAAAGGUCAGAAGGAACCUGCCUUCCUCAAAGGGUCAGAGGGACCCUGCCUCCUCAAAGGGCAGAGGACCAUGCUUCCUCAAACAGGUCAGAGGACCAUGGCUUCCUCAAAGGUAGAGGACCUGCCUUCUCAAAGGGCAGAGGACCUGCUCCUCAAAGGUCAGAGGACCCUGCCUUCCUCAAAGGGCAGAGGAAACCUGCCUUCCUCAAAGGGCAGAGAAACCUGCAUUCCCAAAGGCAAGGACCCCUGCCUUCCUCAAAGGGCAGAGGACCUUCCUUCCUCAAAGGGCCGAGGACCUGCCUUCCUCAAAGGGCAGAGGAACAUGCCUUCUCCAAGGGCAGAGGACCUCGCCUUCCUCAAAGGGCCGAGGACCCUGCCUUCCUCAAAGGGCCGAGGACCCCUGCUUUCCUACAAAGGGACGAGGACCCUGCUUCCUUCAAAGGGCCGGAGGAACCCUGCCCUUCCUCAAGGCAGAGGAACCUUGCCUUCCUCAAAGGGCAGAGGAACCUCCUUCCUCAAAGGGCGAGGACUGCCUUCCUCAAAGGGCAGAGGGAACUGCCUUCCUCAAAGGGCCGAGGACCCGUUCCUCAAAGGGCAGAGGACCAUGCCUUCCUCAAAGGGCAGAGGACCCUGCCUUCCUCAAAGGCAGAGGACCCUGCCUCCUCAAGGCAGAAGAACUGCCUUCCUCAAAGUGCAGAGGACCCUGCCUUCCUCAAAGGAGAAGAACCUGCCUUCCUCAAAGGGCAGAGGAACCUGCCUUCCUCAAAGGGCAGAGGACCCUGCCUUCCUCAAAGGGCCGAGGACCUGCCUCCUCAAAGGGCCGAGGACCCUGCCUUCCUCAUAGGGCCGAGGACACUGCCUUCCUCAAAGGGCAGAGGACCGUGCCAUCCUCAAAGGGCAGAGGACCCUGCCUUCCUCAAAGGGCAGAGGACCCUGCCUUCCUCAAAGGGCAGAGGACCCUGCCUUCUAAAGGGCAGAGGACCUGCCUUCCUCAAAGGGCAGAGGACCCUGCUUCCUCAAAGGUCAGAGACCCGGCCUUCCUUCAAAGGGCAGAGGACCCUCCCUUCCUCAAAGGGCCGAGGGAACCUGCCUUCCCUCAAAGGGCGAGGACCUGCCUUCCUCAAAGGGCCGAGGACCCUGCCUUCCUCAAAGGGCGAGGGACCCGGCCUUCAUACAAAAGGUCAGAGGACCCGGCAUCCUCAAAGGUCAGAGUACCCGGCUUCUCAAAGGGCAGAGUACCCUGCUUCCUCAAAGGGCAGAGGACCCGCCUUCCUCAAAGGGCAUAGGACCCUGCCUUCCGAAAGGUACAGAGGACCAUGCCUUCCUCAAAGUCAGAGGACCCUGCCUUCCUCAAAGUCAGAGGGACCCUGCCUUCCUCAAAGGGCAGAGGACCCUGCCUACCCUCAAAGGCAGAGGCACCCUGCCUACCUCAAAGGGCAGAGGACACCGCCUUCCCUCUAA